UUGGGGCUUUUGAAGAAAGUUAGGGUUGAGAGUGAGAAGUUAUUGUGUGUCUGAUUCCCUUCCUCCUCCCACUUUGUGCAGAAAUUGAGGAGAUGUCUUCAAAAGAUACCAUGAGUGUAGUAGGGAGUGAGGUGAUGCCACUGGAGUAUGGUGGCAUGGACUCGGAGAGCAGUCCAACUCCAACUAGUUCGGAGAGGACAAUGGAGGAGAGGAGGGAGCAGAGGGUAGUAGAGGAGGAUGAAGAUGAGAUCCCCUCAAACAUUUUGGAGGCCGGGAGUAGGGUAGAUGGGUGUUACGAUUCAGAAUUAGAUAUAGUAUCUGAGGUGAGGGGGUAUGUGAGUGAGUUAGGUAGCAGAGAGAGUCUAAGGAGCCUCAUGGGUAACUGCAACCUCCCUCACCAUGUCCUCAUUAGGCCUGCUGGGGUGAAUGAGAGGGCAUGCUCAGCACCCCGAGACCAUUGGAUGCCCCUUUACGUCCAUUAUUUGAUCGUAGGGCUUAGGUUUCCCAUUCCAGAAUUACUAGUUGGGUUACUAUUAGAUUAUAGCAUAGGAAUAACCCAACUAACCCCAAAUGCCAUAAGGGCUGGGGGUAAAGGGGAGAAGGGGUGGUAUUACUUCGGUCCUCGGUCGUCCAGUAAAGAGAAUAGGAGUUUAUUCUCGGCUGGACCGUCAUCCAUCAAAAGAUGGAAAGAAAAAUUCUUCUUUGUGGAUGACACCGAGUGGAGUAUGAGGGAUGCUGAGGAUGAAGUGGAGGAGGUUGGGAAACUGGUGGGGGAGGAGGGAGAUGUAGUGGAUAUCCUCUACCUCACCAGCCCGAAGGCAAUAGAGGCGGCAGAGCUCUAUGGGCCAAGCUUGCUGAGCGAAGGGCUGGCUAUCCCCAAGAGGCCUGGGAAGAAGUCAAAGACUUCGAAUAGGCUAGAGCCUGCAAGGGGGGAUAGUGAGAAGGUGAGUGAGGAGGUAGCACCACUCCAAAGAAAGAAGAGGAAGGUGGCUGAACCAGAGGUGAGGGGGGAUGAGGUGAUUGAGUUCAUGCCUCGCCCUUCUCCUUCUGAAAUCGAUCCUGAAAUCAGAGAGAGGGAGGAGGGUGAGGUGCGAGGCCCUGGCAAGGGCAAGGGGCUCAUUCCUCCUCACGUAAUGUGGGCGAGGGACGAGGCGGUGAGCCAGCUAGGGGCUACUGUUGUGAGGCAUGCCCUGGAGAGUGCAAGCUGGAUGAAUGCUCUAGCGCAGGAGUACGCGGAAAGCGUGAGAGAUCGCGCUAGCUUGCAGAGACGAUGCGAGGCCCUACGGAAAAAGAAGGAGGAGCUACAGAAGGAGAAAGAGGAGCUACAAAAGAAAAACAAGCAGAUGCAGAGGAGGCUGUAUGAGGUGGUGCCAACAGUGAUCGAGCUCCAGAGUGACAGAGAAUCCUUGAGCACCAGGCUUGUCUUCAAAGAACGUAAAAGAAAGAUCUAUGAAGACAGGCUUGAUGCCCAAGACAAAUAUAUUGAGAAAAUGAACCAAGGGAUGGUGGAGCUGAAAAAGAACAUGGAGCUGUUGGUUCACAACGGAAUGGAGGAGCACAUCGGCAACUUUCUUAAUUCCAGCACCUUUGAAAACAUCCUCAAGCUGUAUCGACUACCGACCGCAAUUGUGGCCUUCACCGACUGUAGAAAGAAGGUGAAGGCUCAGUACCCGGAGGUGGACGUGACAACGAUCACUUUUGGGGAGCAAGAAGAAGGGGUGGAGGAGGAUGAGGGGUGCACUGUCUUCCCUCCAGCCUUUGAUGCGAAGCUGAUGGCAGUGGAGGAAGAAGGAGAAGAAGAAGAGGAAGCGCUAGUUGUUGGAGUUGAAGAUCAGGCAAACCUGGCAGAAGUGCAGCCUCCAGAAGUGCAUCCAGUCUCCUCUGAUGAAGUGCGGCAGCAAGCUCCUUCUGUAGCAGAAGUCCCUCCUCUACCUACUGGAGAUGAGCCCAGAUCACCACCUCUCCCUGCUGAGGAGCAGCCUCUUCCUCUAGCAGAAUAAUUUAAGAUGAUUUGUUUUAUUUGUAAAUAACAUUUUUGUAGUUGAUGGUUUUAUUAUUGUAUAAAAUUUUUCAAAUUAU